AUGAGUAACGAUUUAGAAGCCUUGAGGCAGGAAACUGAACAAUUAAAAAACCAAAUUAGAGAAGCCAGAAAGGCAGCUGGAGACACCACACUAGCACAAGCAUGCAGUGGCGUGGAGACUGUAGGCAGAAUACAAAUGAGAACUCGGAGGACACUCCGAGGUCAUCUUGCAAAAAUAUACGCCAUGCAUUGGGCUACAGAUUCUAGAAAUUUAGUGUCUGCAUCUCAAGAUGGUAAAUUAAUAGUGUGGGAUGGUUAUACAACAAACAAGGUACACGCCAUCCCACUACGCUCAAGCUGGGUGAUGACCUGUGCCUAUGCUCCCAGUGGCAACUUUGUAGCAUGUGGUGGCCUAGAUAAUAUCUGUUCUAUUUAUAGUCUCAAGACACGUGAAGGCAAUGUCCGAGUCAGUCGGGAGCUGCCCGGACAUACCGGAUACCUGUCUUGCUGUCGAUUUAUUGAUGAUAACUCGAUUGUUACUAGUUCCGGCGAUAUGAGUUGUGCACUGUGGGAUAUAGAAACUGGCCAACAGACAACAUCAUUCACUGGACACACUGGUGACGUGAUGAGUCUGUCCACAGCCCCAGACUACAGAACAUUCGUUUCUGGCGCUUGUGAUGCUUCAGCUAAGCUGUGGGAUGUACGAGAUGGGAUGUGCAAGCAGACCUUCUCAGGCCAUGAGUCAGAUAUUAAUGCAAUUACUUAUUUCCCAAAUGGGCACGCAUUUGCCACAGGAUCAGAUGAUGCCACAUGCCGUCUGUUCGACAUCCGUGCAGACCAAGAGAUCGGCAUGUACUCCCACGACAACAUCAUUUGUGGCAUCACAAGCGUGGCCUUCUCCAAAUCUGGCCGUCUCCUGCUGGGCGGCUACGACGACUUUAACUGUAAUGUGUGGGAUGUGCUCAAGCAGGAGCGUGCAGGAGUAUUGGCUGGUCAUGACAACCGUGUCAGCUGCCUGGGUGUCACUGAAGACGGCUCGGCCGUGGCCACAGGAUCCUGGGAUAGCUUCUUGAAGAUCUGGAACUGA